AUGGAAAAAUCAAAUAAUAAACAUAAAAAAAAGUCUAUUGAAUAUUUAUCUACAUGGGAAGGCCUUUCAAAAAUACAAGUUAUAAGAUUAAUAAUGCAAACUUUAGAACAUUUAAACUUAAAGAAAAGUUUAAAUUGUCUUAUUUCUGAAACAACAUUACAUCCAAUGACACCUUUGGUAACUAAAUUUUACAAUUAUUUAUUAAGAUGUAAUUGGGAUCUAGCUUCUGAAUAUUUAACUAAAAUUCCAAUUAAUAAUAUAUUAAAACUUAAAUGUAAAUAUAUAAUAUUGGAAAAUAAAUUUAUCGAACUAUUUUUGAUUAAAGGAACAAUUUUAGAAAGCUUACAGUGCCUUAGACAACAAUUAUAUCCAUCUAUAUUUGAUAAUAUUAGUACUAACAGAGUUCAUAGAUGUUGUAGAAUGGUAAUAUAUAAUAAAUCUAAAGAAUUUUCAAGAAUUUCCGAAGAAUUAAUAAAAUUAAAUAUUUUAAAAGAUGAUAAUAAUUUUAAUUUAAAAUAUAUUACAAAAAAAUCAAUCAAAUUAUUUAAAAAAUUGUUAAUAAAUAGAACAAUAAUUUUAUUACCAUCUUCUUUAAUUAUUGAACCAAAUAGAAUGGCAAAAUUAUUUAAACAAGCUAUAGAAAGACAAAUUCAAUGCUGUACUUAUCAUAAUGUAGUAUUUUCAAAAGAAAAUGAAUUAUUAAAAGAUCACCAUUGUUAUAUUCCAUUAUUACCAACUAAAAAAGUUUUGUCAAUAGAUGCUCAUAAAGAUGAAGUCUGGGGUCUUUCAAUUAGUAAUAAUGUUUGUUUUUUUGCUACUUGUGGAAAAGAUUCAACAGUUAUAGUAUGGGAAAUAUUCAAUGAAAAAUCAAAUAAUAAAUCAUAUAAAAAAAAAAUAAAAAGUGAUAAUGACUUUAUAUUUUUAACUAAAUAUAAACAUAAUGAAAAUUUAAUUUGGAAAAUAUCAAAAAAAUAUGUUUUAAAAGAACAUAAUAGUUCUGUUAAUAUUACUGUAUGGUCUAAUGAUGAUAAAUAUUUAGCUACUGUAAGUAGUGAUAAGACAUGUAGAAUUUGGGAUAUUAGUUUAGGAUCAUGUAUUUCAGUUUUAAAAGGACAUCAAGAAAAUGUUUGGUCUGUUUGUUGGAUUCCUAAUAUUCAAAAAUCAUGCAUUAAUAUAUUUUCUGAAAGUGAAAAAAAGGUAUUAUAUUGUUUAUAUAUGUUAGUUACUGGUGGGUUUGAUAAAUCAGUUAUACUUUGGGAUGCUCUACAAGGUAUUAUUAUAUAUAAAUGGAUUUUUUAUGCUAAUAUACAAGAUAUUGGAUGUACAAUAGAUGGAUUUUAUCUUAUAAUUGGAUUUUCUAACAAAAUCACUCGGGUAAUUUCUUUAAAAAAUUUUCAAGAAAUAUAUAAGUUAUCAGAAAAUAAUCUAAUAAGUAGUAUAUCAACAAGUAAAAUUACUAAUAAUGUUUUAUUAAAUAUUUUUCAUCAACAAAAUCCAUGUAUUAAAUUAUGGAAUAUAGAUACAAGGCAAAAAAUUAUGACAUAUUAUGGUUAUAAGCAAGGAAGAUUUAUUGUUAGAUCUUCAUUUGGUGGCCCUAAUGAAAUGUAUAUUCUUUGUGGUAGUGAAGAUAAUAAAUUUUAUAUAUGGAAUCGUUCUUCUGGAAUAUUAUUAAAAGUAGUAUCUGGACAUUCAUCUACGGUUAGUGCAGUUAUUUGGCCAAAUACUCCAUGGUUAAUAACAGUUAGUGAUGAUACUACUAUAGGAAUAUGGGUUUAUCCAGAAAGUAAAAAAAGUCCUCAAAAUAAAUAUAAAUUUAAAAAAGUAAUUAAAGAAGUAUAA